AUGGCAAGAACGCAACUUUGCAGAUCUAAGAAUACAAAGCUGGAGCUGGAAGGCAGUGCUCUGCAGGACCCCCAAGAUGAUGGUGGGGCCAAGCAGUCGGAUGAAACCAAAGAAGCUAAGGCUUUUCAAACCCAGGAAAACACCAGGAUACAGAAUUUUUUCUUGGAGAGGACCCGCUGUGACACCUCGCUGGGCCUCCUGACGCUGAGGUUUAAGGAGCUGCUGAGCUCCACAACCGACGGGGUAUUGGACCUGAAUGCAGUCUCUCGGGAGCUCGGCGUUUCCAAGAGACGAGUCUAUGAUGUCACUAACGUCUUGGAAGGGAUCAAACUCAUCAGAAAGAAGUCUAAAAACCACAUUCAGUGGUUGGGCUGGGAGACGAGCGAUCUCUUGAACAAAGACCUGAAGGAUCUCACGGAGGAGGAGAGCAAGCUGGACGGGCUGAUCCAAAGUUGUGCUCGGCAGAUAAGACAACUGUGUGAGGACCGCCACUGUCGGAGAUACGCCUACUUGACGUACGAGGACAUCAGCAGCAUUCCCAGUUUGAAAGAACAGACUGUGAUCGUGAUCAAAGCUCCUGCAGAGACAAAGCUGGAGGUGCCGCAUCCAGAGGAGAGCUUCCAGGUGCACCUCACUAGCAUCCACGGACCGAUUGAAGUUUACCUGUGCUGUGAUAAACCCAUCCCCAUGGCAUCUACAGCAAGUGGCACCAAAAGCAGCAACUUGAACCCAAACACCUGUGGGAAGGAUUUAUUCUUCUCUAUGCCCUUCUUGUCUCUCAUCCAGGUGUCCUCUAAAGAAGAUGCUGGCAAUAGUCACGGAAUCAAAAGUUCCUCAAACUCGCAGUCCAAGCCGUCAAUGGCUACCGUCACCCCUACGCCCACAUUUGAAGUCCAACAUAAAUUUGCCACUCCACCUUUGCCCCUCUCUGUAGUAGGGGGCCAGUACCUCCUGAGCCUGGCCAGCAAUGAGGGCAUCACUGACCUCUUCUCAGCCAACUUGGACCAGUCGCCCAUGGAUGUCCCGCUUACCUGAACAGAUGUUUUGGGGAUACGCUGGCUAAAAUAGAAAUCCCAGGGGAUGCAGCAGAAGAACAAAGUGUGAAAACAAAUGUGUUGUUUUGGAUAUAUUUGCAUUUGUAUCAUUAGAACUUACAGACCCAGGAAGAUGGAGAAGGCCGUGACCCAGAAAUAUCAAACUGGAGUUGUGUGAUUCUUCUGAGUUUUCCCGUUUGGAAUUUAGUCAAAGGGAGCGGUUGGGUUUCGAGCUGUGCUCCGUGUUUGGGACAUUUUUCAGCACUCUGAAACAGGUCUUUACCCAGUGCCCCGGAGAGGUGGCGGGGAUCAUUUUUCUUAUUGGAUCUUUUGGGGAAUCUUCUGAACGUUUUGAUUUAAAGAAAAGAACUGUGUCAUUGUUUAAAGUCACAGUCUUGUUUCAGGCUUCUGUUUCCUCCUCAGUUUGCACUCACGCAAAAAAAAAAACAAAACUUCUGAUGUUCCUACUAUGAUAAAUGCACCAAUUCAAAUAAUUAUUGGUUAGUUUAAUAACUUUUAUCCUCUGAUAAGAUUAACCUCGUAUUUGUGUUUGAAUUAUUAAAGUUUAAAGCAGUGAUCUGCUUUGAUUCAAUAAAAACAACUGAGGCUGAUUGUAGUUCAUUUUACAAUGAAACAAAUGGCUUUAUAGUCACUUAUUGACCUUUGAAGCUCAGUCUGAAAAUCAUAUUUUUGUUCAAGCCUCCCAAAGUUUGACAUUGUAUUUAAAGAUUGCUGCAGUAAAAAGCUAUAUGACAGCAUUUCUGAUAUUAAUUGUCUCAGCUUGUAAUUUGUUCCUGUCGCGGUGCAGACGGUCGUCCCUCUGGGAGCUGUUCGCAGGGAUGAAUAGUCUUCUGAUGACACACUGAACCGAUGAAAGCAUUAACUUUUUUUUUCUGCCUGGAGAAACCUUCCUCUCUUCCAUUUUAAGGACCUGUCCUAGUUUUCAGAACAUUUUAAAUUGUGACAGCUUAAUAUGUUUCAGGUGAGCGCAGCUCUGAAGGCAGACACUUUGGCUGUCACGCCAAGAAAAACUCAGGUGGAUUUGGGAGCAUUAGAGAUAAAUGCUAUCCAUUUAGGUCAACCUAUUCACAGUUUCUGCUGACCAUAAGCCUUUUAUUUGACUUUUUUUUUCUCUCACUGAUCGAUUGGCAGCCACAACAAAACUGUUUUCUCACUUUAAAAAAAAAUGUUUAUAUUAAAUUUGGACAUGAUUGGCAGAACAAGCUGUUACACUGUUUGCAGUUGAUCUCAGUUUGCAUGAAACAAGCAAAGCUGAGGUUUUAAAGCUACUGAUUACUGCUGAAUAAAAGGUGUUAAAGGAUAAGCUUUUUUUUGUUGUUCUAAAAUGCUCAAAUCAAUGUAGAAAUGGAGGUUGUAAACUUCCCGAGGCUCUGCUGAUCUGUGGUUUGUGUGGUGGCAUUAAAAGUAAAUCCAUUAACAGUCAUUUUGUGUGUGUGUUUGUUUCUAGCAGCAGUUCAGAUGAUUUUGUGUCAUGGAUUAUCUGCUUCUCCACUGCAUUUUUUGUUACUUGAGAACCACUUUUAUGUCUGGAGUGCUUUGCAUCAAAUGUCCUCCCUGUGCACCUUUUAUACUUGUAGAACCUGCAGGGUUAAAUGACUUUAACUCAUCCUCUCAAGU